AAGAAGAAAAAGCGACGAGCUAACUUUGCUAGCUAGCUAUCCUCCGCCGACUGACCUCCGCCCGCCGCUCCCGCAACAUGGCAUGUGUUCGAUCCCUCGGCGUUCUCUCCAAGUUGACACUCAGGAGAUACGGUGCAGCGCCAGGAACUACCUUUCGAACCUUCUCAGUGGCCACACCGAUGUUAGCCCGAACACAUGUCAGUUAUGAAGUCAAGAACGACGUUGCUGUGGUUCGAAUCAACGACCCCAAUUCCAAGGUCAAUACACUGUCGGUCCAAAUGGAAAAGGAGCUGACGGAAGUAAUGAACGAGGUGUGGGCAGACAAUGCCGUUCAGAGCGCCGUCCUCAUCUCCUCCAAGCCGGGAUGUUUCAUUGCGGGAGCCGAUAUCGAUAUGAUCCAGGGCUGCAGCAACGUUGAGGAGGUCACAGCACUCUCGCAGAAAGGCCAGAAAAUGUUGGAGAGGAUCGAAAAGUCCCCAAAGCCCAUCGUGGCUGCCAUCAAUGGCUCGUGCUUGGGAGGAGGCUUAGAGUUUGCCAUCGCGUGCCAGUACAGGAUCGCGACAAAAAGCAAGAAAACGGUGCUGGGCACGCCGGAAGUCAUGCUGGGUCUUCUGCCGGGAGCCGGUGGCACGCAGAGACUCCCCAAGAUGCUGGGUCUGCCCAACGCCUUUGACAUGAUGCUGACGGGGCGAAACAUCCGAGCGGACAAAGCCAAGAAGAUGGGCCUCGUCGACCAGCUUGUAGACCCCCUUGGCCCGGGUCUGAAGAGCCCCGAGGAGAGGACCAUCGACUACCUGGAGGAGGUUGCCGUGGAAUGUGCGAGAGGCAUCGUGGGCAAGAAGAUUCCUCUGCGCAAGGAGAAGGGCACCAUGCAGAAGAUCCAAGACUACGUGAUGAGCUUUGAGAUGGUGCGCAACCAGAUUUACAAGACGGUCCACGGGAAAGUCAUGAAGCAGAGCAAGGGGCUUUAUCCGGCGCCCCUCAAGAUCAUUGAGUGUGUGAAGACCGGCGUGGAGCAAGGUCCCGUUGCUGGAUACCUGGCAGAGUCCCAGAACUUCGGACACUUGGGCAAAACCGCCGAGUCUGCGGCCCUCAUUGGACUCUAUCAUGGUCAGGUCGCGUGCAAAAAGAACCGCUUUGGGAGCCCUGCAAAGGAAGUCAAAACUCUCGGAAUUUUGGGCGCUGGCCUGAUGGGAGCGGGCAUUGCCCAGGUGACGGUGGACAAAGGCGUGCACACCAUCCUGAAGGAUACCACCGAGGCCGGGCUGGCCCGCGGUGAGCAGCAGGUGUACAAGGGGCUGAACGACAAGACCAAGAAGAGGAACAUCACGUCCUUCGAGAGGGACUCCAUUUUGUCCAACCUGACUGGCGCGCUGGACUACAGCGGCUUCGAGAAGGCCGACAUGGUGAUCGAGGCCGUGUUUGAAGACCUCAAGGUCAAACACGCCGUCCUCAAGGAGGUCGAAGCGGUGAUUCCUCCUCACUGCAUCUUCGCCACCAACACAUCAGCUCUUCCCAUCAAGGACAUUGCCGCAGCUAGCAAGAGGCCUGACAAGGUCAUCGGCAUGCACUACUUUUCCCCAGUGGACAAGAUGCAGCUCCUGGAGAUCAUUACCACCGAGAAGACCUCCAAGGACACCACGGCGUCGGCGGUGGCCGUGGGGCUCAAGCAGGGCAAAGUCAUAAUCGUGGUCGGGGAUGGGCCCGGAUUCUACACCACUCGCUGUUUGGCGCCCAUGUUGGCUGAAGCUGUGCGAGUUUUUCAGGAAGGGGUGGACCCCAAGAAACUGGACGCCCUCACCACCAGCUUCGGCUUCCCCGUGGGCGCCGCCACGCUGAUCGACGAGGUGGGCAUCGACGUGGCCGCCCACGUGGCCGAGGACCUGGGCAAGGCCUUUGGCUCGCGUUUUGGCGGCGGCGACGUGGAGGUCCUGAAGACACUGGUGGACUUGGGAUUCAAGGGUCGUAAAUCAGGAAAGGGCUGCUACGUGUACCAACCGGGCCUGAAAUCAAAAGAAGUCAAUCCGGAGAUCGGGGAAAUCCUGGAGAAAUACAAAAUCGCUCCCAAUCCCGCUGUUUCAUCCGACUACGACGUCCAAUAUCGACUUGUUUCUCGCUUUGUCAACGAAGCGGUGCUCUGUUUACAAGAAGGCAUCUUGAACAGUCCUCUGGAGGGAGACAUCGGAGCUGUUUUCGGCCUGGGCUUCCCCCCUUGCCUUGGAGGCCCGUUCCGCUUCGUGGAUACCUUUGGCGCCGACAAGCUGGUGAAGAAGAUGCAGCGGUACGAAGCCGUUUACGGGGAUCACUUUACACCGUGCCAGCUCCUCCUAGAUCACGCCAGCGACGCCACAAAGAAGUUUCACAAGUGAGCCGCUCGUCGCGUUUGGCUUGGCGGCACUCAACACGUCUGCAGUCGACUACAUCAAAAAUGUGCCUCAUGACAAUUUGAUUUUUCCUAGAUCAGCACACACAGUUGGUGAGGGUAUGAUGUUGUAUGUGCAUUAAAAUAUUCCAAAAGAAUAUACUAAUUCAUGACGGAAUGUCCCAGUAUGGUAGUGUUUGUUUGUUUUUUUUGUACAUUAAAAGAUGUUAUUGGUGGAUCAUGCAAAUGUAGGGCCUGAAAUAAAAUUUUGUUUAUGAAUCAAA